AUGUUUGUGUCGACUGCCAAUGUUCACUCCACCUCCAAAUCUGGACAGAAAUCUACUGUACAGCUGUCGCAUUUGCGGGAUGUAAUGGUACACUACCAAUGUCCCUCACGUACGCCGUUCCAGAACCAGAGUUGCAACAUGAAGUCUUACCCGAUGGAGGUCGGCUCCGAGGGCUGA